AACCACAAUACUUCAAAGGGGACUAUCUGUACCUGUCGCGGUUCAUGAAUCGAGCAUAAUACUUCUUCAGAAUGGCUACCAACCGACAAACAAUCUAUCAUUCUUGAAUGGUGCGGAACCCAUAGUGCACAUCGUGUACAGAAUGGGGCCGAGUGGGCCGUCGCGAAGGAGCAGAUGACAAUGCCAGGGAGGAGACCGGCACCGCUGCUGCUGGUCGCACUGGUUUGGGCCCUGGGCUGCCAGCUGCGGGUGAAUGCUUUCUUCUUCCGUAGCAAGCCAGCACCCAAGCAGCACCCGGAGCAUCCUGCCCCGGCGCUCGCUAGGGCACCGGCCCCGGCGGCCGCUGUCGGCGUGCCCUUCACGCCCGGCGUGAGCAGGUGCCCGGCCAACUGCAGUCGUUUCGGCAGCUGCAAUGAGGAGACUGGGAGCUGCGACUGCUUGCGCAACCGCAUGGGUCCCGACUGCGGCCGCAAGCUGAUGCGGCCGGGCAUGCUGCAGCGCUGUCAGGACAUGGGCUACAAGGAUGUCAAGGAAUGCCUGGCCAAGGACCAGCUUUGUGUGAACGCAUGCAACAAGCUGGGCAGAUGUGUGGCAGGCGUCUGCCACUGCAAGAAAGGCUACUACGGUAUAGACUGUGCGUUGUCGAUGGGCCAGGACGGCCAGCCUGUGCUGCUGGCGGGCAAGGGGUACGCCACACGCGCCAAGCGGCCCUGGGUGUAUGUGUACGAGUUGCCGCCGGAGCUGUCAGCCUGGUACAACCACCGGCGACUGGACCGGCCCACGCACAUGCUGUUCGCGCAGCGGCUGCUGAGCAGCGGCGCACGCAUCGCCGAUGGUGACCAGGCAGACUACUACUACAUCCCCGUGCGGCAGCGCUCCGCGCCAGAGUCGUCGCUGCUGGUGGAUGCGAUUAAACACAUCCGGCAGCACUACCCCUGGUGGAACCGGACGCAGGGCCACAAACACUUCGUCAUCCAGACAGGCGACUGGGGCCGCGCUGAAAUGGAUCCCAACCUGUUGCAGCUGACGGAGAACAUGACCUGGUUGACACACUGGGGCCUAACCACUGACCGGCAUGACAAGAUUCUGCGCUGGGUGCCCUCCUACCGCCCAGAAAAAGACGUGGUCGUUCCUGUCUUCAUCAGCCCGGGCCACUUCGUCAAGUUCUCCAUGAUUCACACGCCGCUCAACCCAGCCAACAAGGCCAAGCCUCGGGACAAAGCCCGCUUCUUCUUUGCAGGGCGCAUCUGCUUCAACUCCAAGUACCCAACCAAAGCGACCUGGCCCCACUGCGAUGGCGACCACUGGGCCUACAGCGCGGGUGUCCGGGAGAAGGUGUUCGUGUCGCACUGGAACCGCAGCGGCUACCACGUGGCCCGCUCCGAGAAGCGCUACGGUCAGUACCUGGCCAGGUCGCUGUACUGCCUGGCGCCGCCGGGGGCGGGGCACGGGCAGCGCCAGAUCCAGGCCCUGUUCAUGGGCUGUGUGCCCGUCACCAUCGCGGACGGCGUGGCGGAGCCGUUCGAGCCCGCCGUUAACUGGACGGACUGGGGUGUGCGAGUGGCGGAGGCGGACGUACCGCAGAUGCACACCCUACUGGACGACAUUGGUCCGGAGCAGCUCGCAGUAAAGCAGGCCCGAAUGCGAUGCGCGGCGCAGCACAUGUUGUACAGCAGCAUCACAGGCGGCGUGUUCGGAGAGGACGGCGCCUUUGACGCCUUCGAGACCACCCUGGAGGUGAUGCGGGUGCGGGCGGAGCACCCGGACGCGCGGCAGGAGGACUUCCGCAAGCUGGACGCGGCCUUUGACGCCUUUAUGGACUGCCGCGAGCCGCCGGGGCCACAGCCCGCCUUCCGCCGCCUCAGCGGACUGCUGCCGGACGCACAAGUCCUGGCGGAGCUGCAGGCGGAGGAGGCGGCGGAGGCAGCGGCAGAGGCAGCGGCGGAGGCGGCGGAGGCGGCGCGGAGCAGUAAAGGCCUGGGGAGGGAUGGCGAGGACGAGGAAGGGGACGAAGAGCAGGACGAGGAGGAUGGCGGUUGGGCGGUGGAGGACGGGAAGGUUGGUGAGCGCGACCAGGAAGCUGGGACAGCUGCAGUGCUGUCGGCAAAGGCGCGGCCGCCUGCUGCGCCUGGAACGCCGCCGCUGUUGGCUCUGUGCAGCCACGCCUACAGCGACAUCCACAACCACGACCGGUCCUGCUACUACGUGAUGCGGGGCGGAGGCUACAUGGGGGUGCCGGGCGGCGCCAUAUGCGCGCGAGGAUUCAAGUCACGUUUGGCGCAAUGCCCGCGGCUAUGGGCGUGAGGAACAGGGCUGGCGUUGGUGGUCUGGACUCGGGACGUUCUGCCCAAGCGAAGUAGAUGGCUUGAGGUGAAAGGGACAAAG